AACAACAGCAACAUCAAAAGCAGCAGCAUGGGGCCCAUAGGCAAACUAAAACUGGGCCAAAAUCCAUUGGCCAAAACCACAAUAGCAGCAGCGGCAGCAGUAUUUAUUCUUAUGAAUUUUAUCGUAAUAGCAUCCGCUGCCGAUGGACCCAAAUUGGAAAUAUUCCCCUCACAAAAGGUGCAAAGAAAAGCUGUCGGUCAGGCUAUGAUCCUCACAUGUCGUCCCAAUGUGCCUUCACCUAAUUUAGUAUCCGAUCUAACAUGGAAGGAUAAUAUGAAUAAUACAAUAUUGCCCAAACCGCACCAAAUUUAUCAACCAGUGUAUGAUUCCAAAGGACAUAGAAUACGUCAGAAUACGGGACGCCAGCCACCGAUGUUCACGGAAUAUAUGGCCGGUACAGAUAGUUUGGCGCUUAUUAUCAACCACCUUAGCGUUGAAAUGGAGGGCAAAUAUUAUUGCACAGCAUCCUAUGCUACCAAUGAAAUUCUGGAGACCAGUGUUACGGUUAAAACUUAUGUUGGCAUUACAUGGACAAAUGCACCGGAAAAUCAAAACCCCAUUUUGGGUGAAGAUUAUGUGGUCAGAUGUGAAGUUAAGGCAGAUCCCACUCCCACAAUUGAUUGGUUAAGAGAUGGAGAUCCAAUCCGCACCAGUGAAAAAUAUGUCGUCGAAACCAAUGGCCUGUUAAUUCGCAACGUCCAAGAAUCUGAUGACGGUAUCUAUACCUGUCGUGCAGCCGUCUUGGAAACUGGCGAAUUGGUCGAACGUACGAUACGCGUUGAAGUCUAUAGCCGGCCAGUUAUUACCUAUCUCCCUGACACCUUGGAAGCCACCGAAGGCAAGCCCUUCUCCGCCAAUUGCACAGCCACCGGUAAGCCAGUACCAGAAAUCUCCUGGAUUAAAGAUUCCACCCAUCAAAAUGUGGCCGCCGCCGACCGUUUCCAAGUGAAUCCUUUGACUGGUGUCUUGAAUAUUAACUCAGUAACUCAGGAUGACUACGGCACGUACACAUGUCUAGCCAAGAAUGAUGCUGGCAUGGUGGACAAGAAGACCAAGUUGAAUGUCUUGAUCACUCCCUCCAUUCACUAUUUGUACAAUGUUACCGGCGAUAGCGGCAAAGAGAUUGCCCUUACAUGCAGAUCCAAAGGUCGUCCUGCCCCUGAAAUCACAUUCCGUCGUUGGGGUUCUGAUGAUGAAUAUGCUGCCGGCACCCAAGAAGAAGAUCCCCGUGUUAUCCUAGAACAACAUUUCGAUGAAGAGAAAGGCGAAAGCUCCGGAACCCUUAGAAUUUCAGGUGCCCAGCGCAGUGAUGACGGUCUCUAUCAGUGUUUGGCCCGUAAUACCGGAGGCACUGCCUAUGCCACUGGUCACAUUACCGUUCAAUUCCCUCCAGAUUUCUCACACAUGAAAGAUUUGCCACCCGUAUUCAGCUGGGAAGAACGCAAAGUCAAUCUCACCUGCUUGGCCAUGAGUAUACCAAAUGCUACCAUUGAAUGGCGCUGGAAUGGUAAACCUCUCAAGGACAUUAACGACAAGAACUUGGAAAUUAUUGGAACUGGUCCACGCAGUGAUUUGAUUGUCCACCCCGUUGCUCGCCAGUAUUACUCUGUCUACAAAUGUGUAGCCACAAAUAUUCUUGGUACCAGUGAAAUCGAUAUUCAAUUGAAAGAGGCCCGUGUACCCGAACCCGUACCCGCAGCCCAACCUAAACAGUUGACGGCUACCAGCAUUACCUUCGAUAUACGCAGUCCUCCCGUAGAAUUUGGCAUGCCCAUUACGGCGUUUACAGUGCAAUACAAGGAGGCCACAAAUCCCGAUUGGGCAACGGCCAUGAAUCGCAGUUGGUCACCCGACUCGCCAUACAUUGUUGAAGGUCUCAAGCCUCAGACUAUGUAUCAUUUCCGUUUUGCGGCACGUAAUCAGGUCGGUUUGGGUAUGUGGGGUGUUAACACACAACAAUCGACACCCAAACGUUCGGCACCCGAAGAACCCAAGCCAUUGCACUCGCCUGUGCAAAACGACAUUGAAGAACCCGUUGUUGUUUCACCUUACUCGGAUCACUUUGAAUUGAGAUGGAGUGUGCCAGCCGAUAAUGGUGAACCUAUUGAUUUCUAUCAAGUCAAAUACUGUCCGGGUGUAAAAAUGGCCGGAACUUGGCAUGAAUUGGAAAAUCAAUGCCAAUCUGUUGAAGUAGCCGACAGUACCUCCUAUGAAAUGAGCCGUUUGGCUGGCAACACCUACUAUCGCAUUGAAUUGCGGGCACACAAUAUCAUCGGUUUCUCAUCGCCGGCAUCAGUCAUCAUGAAAACGACAAGAGGUAUCGAUGUUAUACAAAUGGCUGAACGACAAGUACUAUCCUCGGCCUCAAUUGUCGGCAUUGCAGUGGGUGGUGUAUUGCUGUUGCUUUUCAUUGUCGACUUGUUGUGCUGUGUUACCAUCAAUAUGGGUGUUAUGGCCAGUAUGUGCAGGCGCACCAAGAGAUCACCAUCGGAAAUCGAUGAGGAAGCCAAGCUGGGAAGUCCUAAUGGUUGGCGUUUCCCAAAACCUAAUUGCAGCGGCCAGCUUGUUAAGGAGCCCCCACCAUCACCGUUACCCUUACCGCCACCCGUUAAGUUAGGUGGAUCCCCAAUGGUUUCGCCAUCAGAUGAAAAACAACCGCUACAAACACCCACAGAAAGUAUAAAACAAAAUUCCACCGUUGAAUUUGAUGGUAAAUUUGUACAUUCACGAAGUGGUGAAAUAAUUGGUAAAAAUUCAGCAGUGUAA